AUGUUAGGUCAAACAGACUAUUUAUACCGACAUAACCAGGUUGCUGCUAUCAUUAUCAUACACCAACAAAUAGCUAAACAUCUUAAGCUUACCAAUGAAAAAGAUGUCCCUUACUAUAAAUAUAAUCCUCAUCCCAUAAUUGACAACGAAUCUUACAAGCUACCCGAAAUUAUCUUCUACGAUAAAGUAGAGAAGAAAGGUUAUCUGAUAGAUGUUGCUGUGCCGAAUAAUCAUAAUAUUCAGAGAACAACUGCAGAAAUAAUCAGUAAAUAUAGUGACUUGCGGAAAGAAAUGACUCGAAUAUGGAAAGCAAAGACAGUACAAAUAAUAGGCGAGAGGCUGAUACAGUUCGCGUCAGAGAACCUAGUGACUGAAAUCCUGAUCCAUCCUGCCGUCAGUACACUGUCCCAGUGCGUCCGCAAUUUGCUUAGUAGUUUUACCAGACAUAGACACAUCAUCCAUGCAGGCUAUACUUUCCAGGGAAACGGCUCUUGGGCUUUGCAAGACGGAACGUUUUCCUAUUCCGAUUUCGCCGAAGCUUUCCAGGAAAUCGAAGUCCAGAGAGUAAUCCACGCUUACGAGAACGGCAUCUCAAUAGACCUGCAUUGUACUCCCGAGGGAGACUGGACCAGACUUCCCAAGGAGUUCUUUACUAAAUUUGCCAAGGUCCGUGUUAAUCCAACAGACGUCCUAACAACAGGGUCACCAUCCAUUACCAGUUUUACAAAGUAUUUGGAACCGUUUUUGGUUCCCUCUGUCCUGGAAGAUAUUCUGGAAAGCUCCGACGUAGUGGGAAAUAUUAGAUUUUCUAGGCCGACAUUAUAUGUUUUUCCAGGUGGCCAAGGUGAUGCAGCCCUUUUCGGAAUCAAUGGCUUCAAUAUGCUAUUAGACGGAGGCUAUUCUAGAAAAGCUUGCUUUUGGGAUUUCGUUAGACACUUAGAUAGAUUAGACGCUGUUCUAAUGACUAGACUGAACAAUAGUAGCCUUAGCGGUGUUAGCUCAGUACUUAAACGUAAGAAGCAAGGCGCCAUUUAUCCUCAACUCGGCCAUUUCUUUUGCAAUAUACAGGAACGCAAAUCUCUUCUAAGUCCCGACGGUGACAAAGACAAAGACCCACUAAUCAUCAGCCUCCUUGAAGAAGGCCAAUCCAUCAUCCAAGACUUGCAGCACUUAAAUCUGAGCCCUCAGACUUGCUACAGGGACUCAGAACCCAUUAUACUCUAUCAUAAGGUUGGCCAUGGUACUCUAAACAUGUUCGUCCUGUCUCCGGACAAAAAUUCACGCGAUGUGCGCGAGUUUUUGCAGAGAUGGCACCAAAGCGACUCGAAAUUGUUCGCUGCCGCUAAAACUGGAAAAGAAUUCACAUUUCCUUUGCAAAAUUUGAUUUCGAUUUGUGCCCUACUGGUGUGGCAACCUGCUAAUCCUAAUGACACUAUCACUAGGAUUUUGUAUCCUGGCAGUACUCCCCAGAAAAAGAUUUUUGACGGUUUGGAUAGACUGAAGAGUCUCGAGUGCAUGAAACAUCCUGUUUGCACAGUUAAGUCUGUAAUGCCUGUUAAAAAAACUAAGCAGGACAUACUUGACAAAUUAACUGCUAAAGAAAGCAAACCUAUAACUGAAAAGAAAAUUGAGAAUAAAGUUUUAAUGGAAAAUUCUAUUAAAAAUAAUGGAGAAAUGAAUGGAGAUGUUAUCAAUAAAGACAAGCCUGUGAAGAAGUCAGAUUCAUUAGAAACUGACAAGGAGAAGAAGCCUAAAAAAGCUGAGGAAAGGCCUCCAACUCCAAAGAAAACCAUUGAAAAUAAAACAAAUGGUGAAACCAAAGCUCCAUUAAAGCCAUCGCCAAGUGCCACGCCGGCCAAAAGCACCAAAGAUGCCAAUAAUCGUAAAGUGAUUGAAAGCAAGAAAGCACCAGUCAAAAAAGAACCAGUGCCAAAAGCUGCACCAGUCGAGGUCAAAGCUAAACCUGAACGUAAACCUAUUUCUAGACGACCUAAGGCUAUCAAAGGGCCACCAAGCCCUAUGAAGAAGAUGUCAAAUGGUAUUCAAAAGCCCGAUUCCUUGUCAAAACGUGGCAAGUUGGAUAAAGAAGGUACCACCGAUUCAAGUACAGUCAGUACUCCCUCAGCUGAACAAGACAGCAUUUUGAAAAAAGACAUUUCAAAGCUGACGCCAGAAGAAUUCGAACAACUCAAAGUAAAAGAAUUGGAAGAGCUCAAAGAAGAACAAGAAGCCGUUAAGGAAAUCGAAGCUGUCUUCAGAAAAGGUGAAACACGUACCGAAGCAUCUGAACCAGGUGUUAGAAAAAUCAAGGAAAUGUCUAUAGAUGAUAAUAUAGAUACUGAAGAGUACCUUAUCAUUGAGAAAGAAGAAGUAGAACACGACUCGUUGGACCAAAACGAAGACGAAAUGCAAAAGCUAGUAAGGGAUAGCGAAGAGUCCGAAAAACAACGUAAAUUAAGCGGCGAAGAAGAAAAACUUAAAAUUGAAUCCCAAGAACAGAAAAUUGUUGAAGUUGACGAGCCAACAAAAACUCCUGAAGAACUCGAUGCGAAGAAGCCAGAAGCUGACAAAAAAGAACUCACCGAAGAAGAAAAUAAAGAAAUCGUGGAGUCUCAUCCUGAAGAAAAAGUUUCAGCAAAUAUUGAAUCUGGAGCUACAACCACUGCACCCACUCUUCCUGAAGACGAGCGUAUGACUCUUGACGAAAUUAAAGAAGACAUUAAACAAGUGGUCGAAGAGAAACACGUGAAAGAAGAAACCAAAGAAAAAGAAAUUCCCAUUAUUCAAUUACCACAAAAAAGCCAGCAUGACAGUCCAUCCAAACCACAUCCAGUCGUAGGCAUUCCAUUGGACAAACAAAAACACGUUAGAGAUAUUGUAAAGACUCCCGAUGAGGUUGCAGACUUGCCUGUUCACGAAGAAGCUGACUAUCAGGAAUUUCAAGAUGAUAAAAAGAGUAACGAAGUGACUGACAAAGAAGGUGGAAAGAAAGAGGAAAAGGAAACCGAUGAUGUUGAAGAUAAAGUUAAGCUUGAUGAAACUAAAAAAGGAUCUGAAGUAAUUGAGAAGAAAAAAGAAACCGGAGAUGUUGAGCCUGUAGCAAUGCAUGGCGAAGAAGCUAAAAAAGAAUCUGAAGUAAUUGAAAUAGAAGGGAAAGAGGAAAAGGGAGAUGUUGUUAAAGCUGAAGGUGAAGAAUCUAAAAAAGUACCUCAAGAUGAAAAACAAACAGACAAAGAUGUUGAAGCACCCAAACAUGUAGCCAAAGAAAUUCCAAUUGAAUCAAAUAAAGUUGAAAGUGAUAGCAAAUUGAAUGACUCUGUGAUUAGUGUUAGUCAAAAGACUGAGGAAAUCGAAAAAAGUGAUAUUUUAGAAAAAGCCGAUAUAGAAACCAAUGAAGAUGCUGUCAUUGUGCAAGAAGAAAAACUUAAAGAGAGCAUGGACGAGGAAUGGGUUGUAAUCAGUAAAGACAAAGAGGAAGACGAAAUCGCCGAAGAAGCUGACAAAGUUUUACAAGUUAAAGAACAAACUAAAAAAGAAACUAUCGUUUCUGAUUUCAUAUCCAAAGAAGUUGAACAUGAAGAACAAACCGCCGAGCGUGCGGCUACAGCUAAACCUGAUUUUUCAUUACCUCUGGUACCAGCAGCUGAUUUCAAAUCAGAAAAAGAAAUGGAGACAACAACUACCGAGUCCAGUAGCCACGAGUUACGUAAAGGAGAUGAAGUGGAAAAUGUAAGUAGUGAUAAAGAAAAGGAUGACAUUCAGGCCCUUAUCGAGGAAGCUGACAAAAGGCCAAUGGAAGAUACUAUCGUUGAGAGAAAAGACGAAGAGAAAAUUAACGAAAUCAAAGAAACCAAACAUGUAAUUUCUGAAAUAGACACCAAACUUCAAGACCUCAAAAAGGAAGUAUCUGUGCCUGUGGAAGAAAUUAAGUUGGACAAAGGUGAAAAGGACUUAACCAAAAUCGAAGAACCUGGCGAGUCUGACACCAAACCGAAAUUAGAUGACAUUACCAAAAUUGAUACUGAGCUUAUUGAGUUAAAUGGUCAAACAGAAGAGGUCAUUGUUAUUGGUAAGUCUACUAAAGUUACGAAUCAUACUGAUUCAGCUGAAAUCGUUGAAACAUCCUCUGAUCAUGCAGAGCCAGCAAUCACCGAAAAAGCUGAAGUCUUCGUAAAAAAAUCCACAAGAAGUCCUGAACAUGCAGAAUCAGUAGUUCUGCCUGAUUCUUCUCCAGAAGACGAUGGACCACUUGUGCUUAAAGCUUUAGACAUUGACAAAUUAGAAUUGGGACGUAAGUCCCCAGCAGAAAGAGAAGAUGAUGUUCAACUUAUCGUUGCCAGCGUAGCAGAAGUACUCAAAUCAGAAGCACCUUUGGAGGAGUUUGCAAGUAAGCUACCUUUUACACAAGAACUAAGAGAGACUCAUAUAACUACUCAAGAUUCACCUAUUGUGGAAUCUAAAAGUAUCAAACCCGAAGAUAUUAUACCUCCAAUUCCUGAAGAACCUCAUGAAGAAGAAAUGAAUGGUGUUAAAGAAGACGACGAGUCGGGUACAGUUCAUCGAAUGUUAGUGACAACAUCUAGUGAAGAUGGAGGUGAAGAAAUCGAAAUAUGCCCUGCAGGGACUAUCACUUUCUCGAAAAGCUCUGAAAGUUCUGGCAGAUCAUCUCCAGAACCAUCACAAAAGACUCAGUCUCAAAAAUCAUCAAUUGUUGAAACUUUAUCUGACACUCUUUCAACUGUGAAACAAGUAGCUGAAACUGGUGGAAAAGUUGAAGCUCCUAGUGUUGUUAAUGGGGCGUUCCAAGUGGUAGAAGAGUUGGAGGAAAAAGUGGAUAAUUUAAAAGACGAAAUUGAGAAAUCUGAAGCCAGAAAUGUUGAUGAUAAAGUUGGUAAAGCGCAUGACGUAGGGAUGGUUAAGAGCGAAGAGAUUAAAUCUGCAGAUGUAAUACCAGUUGAUGCCAAACUCGAAAAAGAAGCUGAGAUUGACAAAGAAAAAGUUAAAUUGGAUAAAAAAGACUAUACCGAAGCUAAGAUUAAACCUGAAUCUGAUGAAGACGCAGAAAUGGUUCCUGAAGUUUUCAUUGGAAAAAGUUCAGAGAAGCCCAAAGACAAAGUUGAAGCCAAACCAGCAUCUUCUGAGAAAGAAAAGGUUACUGCAGAAGAUGAAACUGCUAAGCAUGAUGUAGUUUGCAAAGAACCAGCCGGAAAGGAAGAACUAGCUGAGGCUACAGAAGAAAAAGGUGGGGAAAUACCUAGUAAGCUUAAAGAAGAAAAAGAAGUUACUGAAAAAGAAACCAAAGAAACUCCUAAAGAUGUUACAGCUGAGCCAAAGGAAGCUGCUACAAAAGAUAUUGAAGCUGAAAAGCAAGAUGAGAAACUGCUAGAGGCAUCUAAAAGUGACACUUCACCAAAAUCUCCUGAAAAAAAAUUGGAGGAAAUUCAUGAUACUCAGAAAAAGGAAACUGAUGGAACAAGUGACAUCAGCAAAACUGUAGAUCAGCUAGAGAAGGAUGUUAAAGAUGCUCAGCAAAAAAUCAUUGAAAAAGCAAGUGAAGAUAUUGAAAAAGUCUCUGAUGCUAUUGCCGAAACAAAAACUGAAGUCUCCGACAAAAUCACAGGUACCAUAUCAGGCAUAUUUGAUAAAAUUGAACAGCAUGUUGAAACUGCAGCAGCACCUUCGGAAAGUUCUUCUGCAAAGCUUGACGAUUCACAACCAGAAACCAAUUAUCAAUCAAUACAUAAAGAUGAGAGUGAAGAUGUUGAAGUACCUAUACCAAAAAGGCGGCAGAGCAUAAUUGAGAAAACUCAAGAUUUUAUCGAGACAUCUGGAGAGGCUUUUGAAGGUGUUUUGAGCUACAUAACUACCAAGGCACAUUCUGUUUUGGACGACAUUAUCAAAUCAGAUAUAGACUCAAACAAAUUAUCAGGAGAAUCGACUCCGGAAUCCAAAGAAUUGAAAGAUUCUACCAAGUUAUCUUCACUGCACCUGUCUGAUGUGGAUAAGUCCAGAAAGUCUACACCAGACUUGAAAGAGUCCAAAGAAUCAUCUGGAAAAUCAACUCCGGAUCCCAAAGAAAUUGUUUCAGGAACAAUUAAACUUGAUUCACAAACGCUAUCUCAAGAAGCGUCUUCAGCAUUAUCUAGAAAAUCCACUCCAGAACCCAAGGAAGUAGUUCCAGACACAAAAAGAGAUUCUAUCGAUAUUCAUAAAUCAUCUGUAGUCGGUCAUAUUCAUGCAUCACCAACUCUAUCAGGAAAAUCAACUCCAGAUCCCAAAGAAUCCAUUGUUGAUUCAAGGGAAGCCAGUAUCGAUUCCAAGGCUCAUAAAGCUUUGUCUGGAAAAUCAACUCCAGAGCCCAAGGAAAUGAAGGAAGUGGAUCCAGACCCAAAAAGAGAUUCUAUCGAUAUCCAUAAAUCAUCUGUAGUCGGUCAUAUUCAUGCAUCACCAACUCUAUCGGGGAAAUCAACUCCAGAUCCCAAAGAAUCCAUUGUUGAUUCAAGGAAAGCCAGUAUCGAUUCCAAAGCUCAUAAAGAUCUGUCUGGAAAAUCAACUCCAGAGGCUAAAGAUAUUGAUACCGAGAAAUUAUCAAAAGAUGAUGCUCUAUCUGGAAAGGCUACUCCAGAACCACAGAUACAAGAUCUAAAAAGAGACAGUCUGUCUGGAAAAUCAACUCCUGAAAAAAUUGCCACAAAGCACACCGAAGAUUUGAUCUCCGAUUCGAGGAAAUUAUCUGUUGAUCACAAACAAAAGUCUCCUGAGGUAUCUGGAAAAUCUACUCCAGAAAAAGUUGCUACAAAGGACACCGAAGAUGUUAUCUCUGAUUCGAGGAAAUUAUCUGUUGAUCACAAAGAAAAAGCUCCUGAGAUAUCUGGAAAAUCUACUCCAGAAAAAAUUGCUACGAAGGACACCGAAGAUGUAAUCUCUGAUUCGAGGAAAUUAUCUGUCGAUCAUAGAGAAAAGUCUCCUGAGGUAUCUAGAAAAUCUACUCCAGAAAAAAUUGCUACAAAGGACACCGAAGAUGUUAUCUCUGAUUCGAGGAAAUUAUCUGUUGAUCAUAAAGGAAAAGCUCCUGAGGUAUCUGGAAAAUCUACUCCAGAAAAAAUUGCUACUAAGGACACCGCAGAUUUUAUCUCUGAUUCGAGAAAAUUAUCUGUUGAUCACAAAGAAAAUGCUCCUGAGGUAUCUGGAAAAUCUACUCCAGAAAAGAUUGCUACAAAGGACACCGAAAAUGUGAUCUCUGAUUCGAGGAAAUUAUCUGUUGAUCAUAAACAACAGUCUCCUGAGAUAUCUGGAAAGUCCACUCCAGAAAAAAUUGCUACAAAGGACACCGAAGAUUUAAUCUCUGAUUCGAGGAAAUUAUCUGUUGAUCACAAACAAAAGUCUCCUGAGAUAUCUGGCAAAUCUACUCCAGAAUUGAAGGAAGCAAAAGAUGUAGUUGAAGACGCAAAGAAGGAUACUGAGGAUGAUUCGAAGGCAUCUACACAGGACAAAGUUGACUUGUCUCCUAUUGCAUCUGGAAAAUCUACUCCAGUGCCCAAAGAAGUGAUUGUAGAAACUAAGAAAGAUGCGAAAGAUGUAGUUGAAGAUGCAAAAAAGGAUUCCAAAGAUUUAAUAUCGGAUUCAAACAUAUUAAAUGGAGAAGGUCGUGUCGACUCACCUGCAGCUUUGUCUGGGAAGUCCACUCCAGAACCGAACGCACUAGUAGCAGACAUCACAAAAGAUUCUAAAGACUCGAUUGAAACGAAAGAUACAACACAUGUAGCUGAAAAUGCAAAGAAAGAUGUGGAAGAUUUAAUAUCGGAUUCAAAGAUAAUAUCUGCAGGAGGUCACAGCGACGCAUCUAGACAAUCUACUCUAGAACUCAAGGAAGUCGUUGACGAUUCCAAGAAAGAUUCCAAAGAAUCAAUUGAACCAAAAGAUGAGAAAAAAGACACCAAAGAUUCAGUAUCCGAUUCAAAGAUAUUGCCUGUGCAAGAUCACAUUGAUGCAUCCCCAGUCUUGUCUGGAAAGUCCACACCAGAAUCCAAAGAAGUAGUUGCAGCCAUCAAAAGUGAUGUUAACGGCUUAGUUUUGUCUGGAAAAUCUACUCCAGAGCCCAAAGAAAUCGUUGCAGGUACCAGGAAAGAUUCCAAAGCCUCACUUGAACUCAAAGACUCUAAAGAUUCAAAAUCGGAUUUAAAAAUAUUAUCUGCAGAAGGUCACAGUGAUGUGCCUUCAGCUUUAUCUGGAAAAUCUACUCCAGAACCGAUACAAGUUAAGGCAGACACCAAACCCGAAACUAAAGAUUCAGUUGAUUCCAAAACACUCCUGGAAUCGACUCUGUUACUCAAAGAAUCAAAAGAUUUUGAAGAUGCAAUUAAGGACACUGAAGAUAUCAUUAAAUUAUCCAAAGAAUCUCUUGCUUCUUUAUCUGGAAAAACUAGUACCGUGAACGAUUUGGGUGAUUCCAAACAACUGGCCGGAAGUGAACACAUUGAUGGGUCUCCAGCUGUAUCCAGAAAAUCUUCAGAAGCAAUUGAGGCCACUAAGCUAUCCGAACAAUCUCCUGUUUUGUCUGGAAAAUCUUCUCCAGAACCCAAGAAAUUAUCAGGGCAAUCUUCUCCAUCUCCUUCACAUGAUCAUGUUGAUACUCCUCUAGCUAAAUCUACUAAAUCCACUGUGGAGCAAAAAGAUUUGGACGCAGAAUCUAAGAAAGAUGAAGCCAAAGAAGUCAUGGCAACAAAAGAAGAAAGAAGAGAAAGUAUCAUUGAAGCUGCUGAAGAAUUUAUUGAAAAAUCAGAAAAAGCUUUGGGUUCAAUGUUUUCUGUUAUUGGUGGUGCAGCUAAAUCAGUUUUAGAUGAUAUUUGGGCUGAUACUAACAAAGAGAAAGAAGAUAAAGCUAGCGAUGAGAAAGAUAAAGUUAAGGAAGCAUUUGAAGCUAAACAUACAGUUGAAGAAUCUGGGUUUAUUAAAUCUGGAAAAAGUAUUGAUGCCUCUAAAAAUAUUGAAAAAGAGAAAGAUCAGCUUCAGGGUGAACUUAAAGUUGACAAAGAUGUUGCUGAAACUGAAAAGAAACAAACUAUUUCAGAAGAAUUUAAGGUAAACAAAGAAACUAUUGAAAAGGAAGAAAAAGAAAUUGAAGAUAAAGUGAUGCAUAUUUCGGAAACUUUGGAGAAAGUUUCUGAACUUGCUCAAUCAGUUUCAUUUGAAACUUGUCAAUCAAUUAAAGGUGGAGCAGAGACAGAGGUAAUUGAAAAAGAAGAAAUGCAGCUUGGUAAACAAGCAGAAAAACUGAAAGAUAGCUCUGAAGAUUUAUCAAAACUAAAUGGAUCGGUAACAUUCGAAAAGUGUCACCCUUCUGAAGAGUAUCAAGUUGAUAAAGAAACUGUUAGUAAAGUUGAAAAGAAAAUAGAAGACCAAGCGACGCAUUUAUCAGAAACUGUAGAAGAAGUAUCAGAGCUUGCUAAAUCUAUAUCAUUUGAAAAAUGCCAUCAAAAAUCCGACAGUGUCAGUGAAAAAAUGGAUCAAGCCAAGCCGGAUGAAAGCUAUCAUUUGGAUGAAGCUAAAGUAGAUAAAGAUGUUGCCGAAAAAGAAAAAUCUUCCAAAUCUGUCGAACAGAUGAAAGCUGUCGAAUCCAAAGUUGACAAAGAUAUUUUAGAAAAAGAAGCGACACCUUCAUUUGAAAUUUCCAAAGAAGCGAAGGAAAAAGAUGAAAAGAUAAUUGAUGAUCAAGUGAAACGUGUAUCAGAAACUGCUGAAAGUCUUUCUAACCUUGCCAAAGCGGCUUCUUUUGAAAAAUGUACGCCCCCUGAAGAAUUUAAUGCUAAUAAAGACGCGAUUGAAAAGCAAGAGAAGAAAAUUGAAGCUGAGGUAUCACAAAUAAAGGAUAAUGUUGAUGAUUUGGAUAAACUUACUAAAUCAGUUUCAUUUGAUAAGUGCAAGCUUAAAGAUGAUGUUAAAGAACAUAAAGAUGAAAAAGUUAAUGAUGAAGCUAAAUCUGUUGAGAAUGUAGAUUCUAAUAAAGUUGAGCAUCUAAAACAGGACAAAGAAUCAAGCUCGAAACUUGAAACUGAUGCAUGCAAACUUACUAUAACUACAAAGUCAGAACAAAUUUCUCAAGCCAAAGAGUCUAUAGUAUUAGAGGUUCACCCGAUUUCUAGUCAAACGGAAAAAUGCGAAAAGGAGAGCAUGGAAAAGACUUCAUCUAGUCUUAAAAUAACCCAAGAACCUAAAAAACUGUCUAUCUCUGACGUUGAAAUUAGUAUUAAGACUGAUAUUGAUCACAAGGAUGCUAUUAGUAGCUUCUUGGAUAAUGAGAGAGCAGUUUUUUGUGAUAGUACUGACGCCAAAGUUUAUAUAGCCCCUAAGGAAGUAGAAGAUUCUUCUGUUGUAGAGGCUGCUAGUGUUAAAUCAAGCCCCGAAAUUGAAAUUUCUGGAAAAGCUACACCACCUACACAACCAGUCAGCCCUGUUGUAACCAAAGAUAUACAAAAAUCACCUUCAUCGAAACUGGAUAGUGGUUUAAGUGAACAAACUGAAACUGACGAAGAAGACUUGAGUACCAAAUCCCAAAUAGCACAUUCUCAAUCUGAUUUAGAUGAGCUUGACAUGAAAAUGGAUCCUAUGAGUAUGUCGUUUUAUGGUGCUUUACCAGAAGAACAUGAAGGUGAAGCUGCUGCUCCAACUUAUUUGUAUGAAAUAACUAAAGCUAAAUACGGGGCUGAUGUUAAGCUUGAAGAAGAAGCUGAAAAGGAAGAUGAUGGGUUAAUGACUGCUAGUUUUAUUGGUGAUCUUCCUUCAUCAUCUACAGUUGCCGAUAAGUCCAAAAAAGAUGCUGUAGACUCUUGGGGCAAGCCUUUAGGUCUUCCAGCCCCGACUUACCUCUAUGAAGUAACCAAAGCCAAAUUCUCAUCUCAAUCCCAUGAAGCUGACAUAAUGACUUCAAGCUUUAUUGGUGAAUUACCAACAUCGGUUCAAGAUCCGAUGACGGCAAGCGUCUACUUUGGUGGUGAAGUUUCUGACGAGAGUUUCGAUCCGAUAGCAUCUUGGGGAAAACCUUUAGGGCUUCCCAGUCCGGCCCCACCAAACAACGGAACGCCAAAGAAGGAAAAGAAGCUGACAGCUUAUGUGUCAGCUAAAAAUAAGCUGAACGAGAAACGUGCCGAGUCGCCUUCGAAAUUAAAAGCCAAAAAAGUGAAUCCUAUUUAUGUCGAUUUGACCUAUGUACCUCAUCAUGGUAAUCACUAUUAUUCCUAUGUGGACUUCUUUAGAAGGAUCAGGGCUAGGUAUUAUGUGUUUUCUGGAUUGGAACCCAGCAGACAGGUGUACGAUGCUUUGCUUGAAGCUAAACAAACUUGGGAGGAGAAAGAAUUAGGGGUCCUAAUUUCUAAUUGUGAACAGAAGAUCCAAAACCUUCAAUCUGAAAAUGAACUACUCAAAAGCAGAAUUCAGGAUCUUGAGAAAAAUUCGUCUGUAAACAAUGUGGAGGAGUAUCUCGCUGAAGCUGCUGAUCGUGAAAGGCGCAAAUUAAACCUUAUUUUUGUCAAUAUCCCUGAAUCCGACAACGAUCCUGCAAUGCUCCAAGAAUUACUAACGAAAAUGCUCCCUUCGCAUUCUGUAAUCUUUCGUCUUGCUACGAGACUUGGAAAGCUUGGUGCAAAUAGACCCAGAUUACUAAAAGUUUCAUUUAACACUUUUGAUCAGGCCUUGUUGGUUCUUAAAAAUAAAGAAGUGACCAUCAUCCCAACCUACGACACCGACAUCCUGGGUUACUGGGUAGCGGAAAACGAAGAACAACUCUCAAAAUUCAAGAUCGAUCUUGCUCCAUCGGCCAGCCGUUGCACUAUUAAUCUUCAGGAUCACGAAACGUCAUGUUCAGCUUACCGUUUGGAAUUUUAGAUUAGCGGGGCCCGAUAAUAAACCAUCGGUUCAGGCCUAAAAUAGGGUUUUCUUGUUGGCAAAAGUAGCAUAAAAUAUCACCAACAAAAAUUAUAGUAUAGAAUAUUUAAUUGGUUAAUUAGGUGAGAUUAGGUGCUCUUAAAUUCCCAUAUAUUAAAACGAUUAUUUUUUUUGAAAUUUUUGUGGGUGACAUUUUAGUCUGCUUUUAUUAUAUUAGUCUCAUCUGCAAUAGUUACCGCAAAAGAAACGUCCAUUUGAUAAAGAGGCCAACACUAAUGUACUAAAAAUCUUCCUUUAUAUUUACCUCCACGUCGUCUUCAUCUAUAGGAAACAAAAAACAAUCUUUAACUCAAAAGUAAAUAGAGCCAGGCUAGAACUGUAGGUAAAACUAUGUAUCUAAAAACACAUAGAAUGUAUCGUAGUUGUUAGGUGAACAAUUUUAAGUUUUCACAAGAAUUUUUUUGCUUAUUGAAGUCAGGGUAAAAAAAAAAGAAAAAUAUUCAAAUGCAGCAAAAAUGAAUACUUGUUUUAGUUUUGUCAUAUGAUGUGUUUUUCUUAAAAUAAGUUUAGUGAUGCCUUAUUUGGAGCCUUUGAAAAAUGGUAAACUCACUCAAUGAUAGAUGGUUUUGAUCAAGUUUUACUGCCAAACAUAUUUUUUAUAAAUAAAUGAACAAGUAGGUAUAAGUGAAGGACAAAAAUAAUUGAUAUCUUGAUUCUUGGUUUCUUUCCUUCAUAUUGGCCCUAUAAAAAGUUUAACUAAAACGUACCUACAAUUUUUUAUUCAGAUUAAUUUAUUUUAAGAAAAAUAGAUUAGGAAUUAAAUGACAAAUUAAAUUAUUAGAAAUCAAUUAUUAAUAUUAAAAUGUUUUUAAAAUUUAAAUAAAAUAUUUUAUUCAAACUUUAGCUCGCCUCAAUGCAACAGCAAUUUGAGGAGGGAUAAGUUGAAUUUUCAAAAGUUUAUCGAUGACGUUGAAUAAGUCAUUAAUUUAUAAUAGAUAGUCCAAUAGAGGAAUGCAGAAUUAUUCAAUCAUAUUUCAGAAAGAUGAAACUUUGACUAAAAUAUAUACUUACCCAAUUUCUCAACAUUGAUAGAAAUAUUUUUGACGCAAGAAAUGGAGGUCUUCAAGUUUAUCUAUCAUUCCCCAAAAGGGCAAAAGUGUCACUUUUCUAUUGUACGAUCAAAAUGAUUCUGCAGUCAUCAUUUGGCCCAUAAAUUUAUGUGUAAGACAAUGAAAUUUCUAGAUAAGAAUUUACGUAAAUAAUUAAAGCGAAAAUGAGCCCUUUAAGCUAAUAAAUAAGUAAUUCAAAAAAGCAUUUUUGAAAUGAUUGGGUGAUAAAAGAGGAAAUUGUUUAAAUACCUAAACACAAUUGUUCCUAUUUAAAAAACAUAUACGUAAAAUUUCACUUUAGCAAUGAAAAAUCCAUUAUAGUGGUAUCCAGUAAAGUUGGUCCAUUUUUUCUGAUACUCUGAUAUCACUUUGAAAAAAAAUUAUAAAUUAUUUUGACCCCAUUGUUCUUUUUCACUGCUUUAUCAUCCAAUUAUUUUCCUCCCCUCUAUAGCUUUAUUAUUACCGUUGUUAAAUGAUAUUUUAUUAUUAUUAAAUUUAAAAUGUGAUUUUUUUCGAGGUAAACUUGGCGAAGAAGAUUGACGAUUUGUAUCGAAAGGCAUUUAUUGUGAAACAAUUUCAAUUUUUUAUACUUACUGUAGCUUAUACACUAAAUAGCUGCUUUUUUACACUAUACUAAAUGGUAGAAAAAUGAGUGUUUUGUUUUAUUUUUAAUCGAGUUUUUAAUCUUUAAUAUAUAGUUGCAAUAAAGUCACUGUUUGUUUAAGCUUUUAUAUUUAUGUUGUGCAAUGAUGAUAUUGAUUAAGUAUUUAUAUGUUUUCUGAUAGCUAUCUAUAUAAGGCCUACUGAGCAUUUAAUUUGUUUCAAAUAGGUACACAUUUAUGUGGUAGGGCAAGACUGGUAGUUAUAUUUAUUUAUUAUAUUAGAAUUAUUCUAGUGUUUUUUCUAAUUUUUAAGUUUUUGAAUGUUUUUGAGUGCAAUUGAUAUUGAAAAGAAAUUGGAAAUUGCCGUUUUACAACAGUUUAAUAGGGGCCACAAAAAUAUUAAUAGCACUCAAAAAAAAAAACAAAUAAAAGGAGAGAAAAUAAAAAACGAGCUUUGAACUGUCACAAUAUAAUUAUUGUUGAAAAGAAAAAAUAGAUGAGAUGGUGCUAAAUCGAGGGUCAGGCCUUGAAAAUUAGGAAUUUUCAAAUUUUGAUAUUUGAAUGGGGAAAUUGUGAUUUUUCCCUUUUCAAAUAUUUUUCCUAUUAGGAAAAUUUCCAAAAAAAUAUAUUCAAUACGAUUGGUUCGAAGUAUCUACUCACUUAUUUAGAUAUUUUGAGUUUAUUCUAGUAGAUACUUAAAGUAAUUUUUUUUCAUUCUAGCAGUCAAUUGAAAAUUUAUAGUCAACACAUAAAUUAUACAAAUUUUCUCUUGGUAGAUUUUUAAUUACCUAAAUAGAUAAUUAUUUAAUUUAUAUACGCACAUGCACUUUCGGAGUUUUAUUAUGUAGGUACUAAAACUGUCAUUGAAUAUAUUUUUUAAAUAAAAGAAAUGGAUAUUAUUUUUAUUCGCAUUAAAUAAAAAAUACUUGGCAUACUAAAUGUAACUAGAAUUGAUUUUAUUCAAAAACGAGUUUAUGAUUGAUUGAAUAAAAUCAAUUUAGCUUUAGCUGAAAAAAAAUAAAUAAAAAAUAAAAUAUGUAUGAAAAAAAAAAUAGCUUCUAGUCCAAAAGUGACUCUGAUCCUUUUAGCUUAAAACAAAUGUUGUAUCAAAGUUACAUAAUUAUAUUUAAACGCAUUUAAUGUAUGGGAAUGUAUGAGAAUAAAA